AUGACGGUGACGAAGUGGACGAGUCUCUCUCGACAAUCCCUCCAGAGGCGCUUCUCCGUGUCUGAAUUCGGUAAUCUGCUCCAAGAUUCCAGUCAAGUUGAUGGAAAGCGAAUAUUUGGCGCAUUAGUAGAAUGUCGGGCCACGUUCUGCGUCGCCGGCGACCCUCUUGUUUCGCUAUAUAUCGACCACCUUGCAAGCUCCGGCCUUGUCAGCAUUUCCGACGCGCUUCUGGUUCUUGUCAGCAGAUGGAAUGCAGCCGCAACACCAUUGCCUCAGAACUGGCUUGACUGUUAUAGUCAGACCUUGCAGGACCUCACAAUGCUUGUGGUCUCGCCGAAAUGCAAGAUGACUCUAUCAGAAGCACGGAUAGCUCUGGCGGUAUCCUCCAGAUGGCUCUCGUCUGUGGCUCGCACACUCCAACAAGACCUCAUCGAACCAUCAAGUGUCGGCCACAGUAAUGUCCUUGAAGCUCUCGGAUUUCUUGUCGCAUCGGUAGCAGCUACCGACGGCGGCCUCGAAGCUCUUUCUCCAGACGACGCCCAAGAACGAAGCUCUCAAACUCGUCCUGGCCUUCAACUGCGAGAGUCUGUGAGGCAUGCUUUUGAAUUAUGCUUGCCUUUAUAUUCAGCUCUCUCUGCACAUCUUAUCGAGCGCCUAAACACAGUGCUCAAACACGUCAAUCUGCUGGAUAACGGGGACUCACAGGAAGGUGAUUCAUCUGCUCGGUCGUCUGCAAUGCAAGCCUUGCAUUUUCAGGUCGCGAUUCCAGAGACCCAGAUGGUGGCUUCAAAAGCAGGCACGAUCAUGUUUCUCGAAGCACUGCUUCUGACAGGUGCAACAAUCGACGACUCUAGCACGGUCAACUACAUGUGCUCCCGCCACCAGAAUGAAUACCAAUCUGCUUUUAAUGAUAUUUUGGGUGCGUCUUUCUACAUCCUCAAAACCCAAGCCACGCACUCGCAGCAUGGGCUCUGUUAUCAGCAAUGUCAGCUCUUUGUUCAAAGUAAACUACCUAUCAUCCUCUCGAUGAUAUCGGCUUCUUCCUUCAACAGCUUUCAUACCGAGCAAGCAAUCACUGAAACGUGGCGCCUAAUCGCACCGCAACUGUCCGACCAGAACUUGAGUUUGACCGGAGCCCGAUUCCUACACACCUGUAGCCUGCACAAUCUGAUGGCUGCGCAAGCGGCUACACAGCUAUUAGGAAGCGAGGGCCUGCCGAGCAACGUGAGCAGGGGUUUACACGCAAAGGAUGAAGUUGUGAAUCAAGUGCGCGCUAGCCACUUGAGAGGCCCGAAACUUGUGGACGAGCUCGUGCGCGGCGAAGGAAGUGCGCUUUUCAUUAGCCAGGGUCUAGUUGAGAUUAUGCAUAGUUAUUGUCAAAACAAGGAGACGCAGUAUCUCAAAGAACUUGCAAAUGCAAUCCUUCGGAAGCCUGCCGCCAUCGAUUGCAUCUCACUGUUCAUCCGGCCCGCACACUGGCUGGGUCCUCUUUGCGUUCUGUUGGACGACUGGCUUUGGGAUGACAUCCAUGGCGAAGCUCAACCGGUCUAUGACGAAUUUGGGGCAGUUUUCCUUCUAGUCUUGGUAACCAAAACUCGACUGGGUCUGUCCAAGUCGGAACUUGGAAUCCGCAAGAAGGACGGAUUCCUGGCUCAAUAUUUUGACCAAGAAUAUUCUGAGGAAAGCUUGAAUGGUACCUCGGCAGAGAAGACAACCCAUCUUGGGAACUGGAUCAACGCCCUCUACCUUGCCGAAGGCCUGAGUGACGAACUUUUCACCAGCUGUUCCCCCCACGACUUUUAUCUGUUGAUACCCAGUCUACUCCAACAAUCGGUGGCCGCCCACCACCAAGGGAAACUGUCCCAGGAAUCCUUGAAAGCCGGUUUAGAUUAUCUCCUUGAGCCCUUUUUACUACCAUCGCUGAUCCCUGCGUUGAAUUGCGUUGGUACACUACUCCAAGAAGAUCCUAUAUCUGCCGGAGUCGUGCUCGAAGUCCUUGUCAAAUCGCCUGGAAGCGCCGACUCACAAGAGAUUCAUCAGACUAUUCUGGAAACCUGCGCACCUCAACUGCAGAACAGCAUUCGAGCCUGUGACCCCGACAAGUUUGGUUCAGUGCUCAGACUCUUAGACCAAUGUUCCCAGUCUUCGUUCUCCUCCGCUCUGGAUUUGGAACUACGAUCGCAGAAAGGUCAACUCCUGGAUGAACUACAUUCCCACGUACUCACAGUGAUCGCGUCUCACGGCGAUUUUGACUUUGAUAAGCAUCCACCCAAACCCAGCGUGCCUGCAAUGGUACGUCGCGCGGUUCAGGUACAUGGCGUGGAGGUGGUUUUACAAAUCUUGAUUGGGGUUCUGCUGCAGCUGAGCGACAGCCCUGAUUUUCUUUUCUCCCUGGAUGUGGUUGCCACUCUUGUGUCAAUGACUGGCGACGAGCUCUGCGACAUACUACGGCUGCGCCAUUCCACCAUUGGGACCCUCUUGAAGAAAGGUGACACACUCUUGGCGGAAGCAGUAGUACGACUUUAUCGACUGGUGGAGGCCUACAGAAACCUUUUGGUGGUCCAUGAAAUCAAUCUGGACACGUUCUCUUUUGCUCAGCAGCUGACGAACGUCGAUACGACAAAUCCCAAUCCGGAUGGAAGUGCUACUGUCUCAGGGAGCAUGGAGUUGCAACCCGAUCCUACACAGACGGAUGGUAUUGACCAGGUGUUGGAUGAAGUUGCUGCAAUGGGGAAUAUGGACUCGAAUGACGCCGACAUGAAUUUUGAUGCACUGUAUGGCUUGCAGGGAACUGAUAUGGACCUGAAUGAUCUAGACCUAGAUAUGUUCUAG